AUGACACAAAAAGUUGUAACAAUUUAUGCUACAGAUGCAAAUGGAACUAAUAGAAAAAAUCAUGUCAUAAAAACAUAUUCAUUUAAUACAGAUGAUGAUGAUACAAUAUUAAUGACAAAAUCUCUUACAGUUCCCAAUCAUAGAUUAGUAUCGGUUAAUUCUCCUUCAAUCGAUAGUGCUAAUGUUGAUGAUGAUUCAUCAGAAGCCAGCAACAAACCCAAAACAAAAAGAUCACGACAAAUACAUGAAUCUGAGAAAAAAAUCGAAAACAAACGUUCACAAUUAAAGACAUAUCCAUGGUAUAAAAAGAUCAAUUGGUCAAAACCAUUAUUAGUCGUGGGUUCAUUAAUUCUUCUUUAUUUAAUGUGGACAAAACAAGACAUAUGGAUUCCUCGAUUAUUAACAUCAAAUAUUCGUAUUCAACGUUCGGUUGUUGUACAAGAUAGAGAAAUAUCAAAUGAGUUAACAAAUUCAUCUUUACAUUCAUCGCCAACAAACGCAACAAAACCAUCAAAAGAUUCACGACUGAAAACUGUUCGUACAGAAGACACUAUCGAAAAUAGUGACGAGAAAAAUGAUGACCAAGGUAAUAGUGAACGAAUUAAUGUCAGAAGCAAUGAUAAUUCAACAGGCUCUUCGACGAAAUCAAGCAGUGGUCAUAGAGUUCAUAUUCGAGCUCGAAGAACCAAAAUGAGUUUUUCGAAAGAACAUGAGAAGAAGAAAUAUCGUUCUUCACGAAAUCUUCCUAUCGAUGAUGAUUUAGAUGAUGCUAUUGAUGAUGAUUUAGAUGAUACUAUUGAUGAUGAUUUAAAUGGUACUAUUGAUACAGAAGAAAAUAAACCAAUCAAAUCAAGCGAAUCAAUUUCACCAUCACAUCGUCGUUCACGGAAGAAGCAUCGUCGUUCACGGAAGAAGCAUCGUCGUUCACAGAAGAAACAUCAUCAUCGAGAAGUUGUUCGAUAUGAAAAUUCGAAACCAAUUGCUCCUUUAAAACGCAGUAUACGUUUAUCUACGUAUAAUGACAUUAUUGACCAAUUGAGAAGAAAUCUUAAAUCUCGAAAUCAAGGUCGAAAAUUUUUAUCAACAGUAUCGAAAACAACUGGUUUAAGCAAAAAAAAACUAUAUCGGUUUAUUUAUAAAAAAGAUUUUCGUCUUUUAACAAUUCAAACAUUUAUUUCUAUUUUAGAUACAUUUAAUUUAAUGCUUUUAAUUGUACCAAAACAGGUUUAA